GAGGAGGGAUGAUGGUGGAGGACGUGGGCGCUCUUGGCUCGAGCUAGCUCGAGGGGAACUCUUGGGCUGGACUUGAUGGACUUGAUGCAGGGCAGGACAUGGGUGAUGUCGCCAGAUUGAAACGGACUGAAACGGAUCAGGACGGUUGGGGACACACGGAUUGAUGAGACGGACGGAUGAAACGAACUGGAAACGAAUUUAUGAAACGGACUGAAACGAGACAGAAGGACAGACAGAUGACAGACAAACAAGUAGCGCAAUCGUUGGCUUGGCUUGCCUUAAUCACUUGCAGCAGCGCGCAGUGCGCAGCAGCUGUGUCUUCUCCUAUCUCAUCUCUCCAUUCCAUCUUUCUCUCCACCACCAUCUACCUAGGUACCGAGUCUGGCUCUGUCGGUUUCUGUUUGUUUCUUUCUCUCUCUUCGCACACAUAUAUUCCCGCGCCGUCGGGACCACUCUCAUCACUUUUUUCUUAUCACCUCGCAUGGUCUUUUCACGGAUCUCCCCGCCGUUGGCGUCGGCAACGGCCACGGAUACCACCGGAUAUCGGACAGUGGCGUCUGCGCUGGGGCGCUGGGGCGCCCCCUUUUCCACUCCAUCCGCCAGUCUUUUUUCCCUUCCUUUCCUCUUGGACCGCCCGCCGUCGCAGGCGCGCCUUCUCCGGCGCAUGUAUUGGACGAGGGACUGCGGCAGGAACGCGGACGUGCUUGUCUCUACCCGGAUGGCUGUUCGCUCGCUCGCUCGCUCGCUCGGGCUCGCCCUGUCAGGGCGGGCGGGAGGCAUGGCACCACGGGACGCCCUGCGGGUAGGGAUGGAGGGCCGGCACCGCGCAGCAGCAACUGCACAACACAUCAUCGCUGCAGGGCAGGGCAGGGCAUGGCAUGGCAUGGCAAUAGAACAGCAAGCCCGCAGGGGGGGAGAAAGAGCAGGGAAUGGCAGGGCGCAAGCAAGCAAGCACAGCGCAGCGCAGCAAAGAGUGCAAUAACCUACCGUCCACGGUGCCAACGAACCCAGCACCCCUAGCACGGAUCCCAGCAGGCGCGGCGGGCCAAUCAAGCGCCCGGACAGGGAACACCUCUCUCUCUCGCUAUUAAAUUGCU